AUGACGAGCUACGAGAACCACUUCCACGGAGGGUCUGGACAUCUGAGCGCCAACUACACCGCCGACGCCGACCGCCCGAGGGACCGCCCGUUCCGGUGCAAGUACUGCGCCCGCCAGUUCAGCCUCAAGGGCAACAUGGUCAGCCAUGAGCGCAUGCACACUCGCGAGCGGCCUUACUCCUGCACCCACUGCCCCAGGUCCUUCAUGUGGCACAGCGCAUUCAUCAACCACCUGCGCAGGCACGUCGGGCAGCUCCCGUUCAAGUGCACGCUGUGCACCAACACGUUUGUGUCCAGGAAGAGCCUAGCCAUGCACAUGGCCAAAAGCCAUCCGGCGGAGGCCUAG